UUGCCGUUCACCGGUGACCUGUAGCCACGCGCGUGGUAAAUACGAAGCCCACGGCGGCGGCGGCCGCAGCAGCGAAGCCUGCGCCUCUCGCUCGCCUGACCUCCAUCUCACAUCCUCCUCCGCCUCUCUCCGAUUCCGAGACCCUCGCCGCGGCGGCGAACGAAGGAUGCCGGCGAUGGCCUGCGGCGCCCGCGCGGGGGCCGCCUUCCCCUCCCCCCGCCCCGCCCGCGCCCCGUGGCCUCCCGGGCGCUUCCGGGCCCUUGUCCCUGCUCCGCCCGCGCUGCGGCUAGGGCUCCUCCGCCUUCCCCCUCCCAUGGCCUCCACCAUCGACUCACCCGGGAGCUCCUCCGACUUCGCCAAGCGCAUGGAGCGCGCGUGGCUCAUCUCCCAGCAACCAAGACCUAACCCAUGUUCAUCUUGUCAAUCUGCUGGGCACGUGGAGUGCAAGUGGUGUACCGGCACAGGUUUCUUUAUCCUCGGCAACAACAUGUUGUGUGAAGUACCCUCAAAAAACACGAAAUGUGUGAUAUGCUCUGGAAAGGGCUUCGCAACUUGUGCUGAUUGCAAAGGAACUGGGUUUCGUGCCAAGUGGCUUGAGGAUCCUCCUGUCGACAAAUGAAGCAGAGGAAGUUUACCAUACCGUAAAACUUUUCUAGUUAAAAUUAAUCUUUGCUAAUUGUAUGUACAUCUGUUCAUAUUCCUCUGUACGUACAAGUGGUACUAUGAUAUUUUUGCACUGCCUCAGCUAUUUCCCUAUGCUGAUAAGUCUUGAAUUUUUCAUUACAUCCUUUGUGUAACAUACAAAAUUACAAAGAGGUAACUCCCCUCUCAUAUGUGUAGACUUUUGAUUCAACCGUCUGCAGACGUGCAGAAAAAAACAGGAUUGUAAUUCCCUUUUCUCAGCAUAAGAUAAUAACAAUUAUGUAUGUAAGAAGGUAAAUAUUAUUGCGUAAAGGCUUCAUGUAUCCAUUCUGAAAUACAGUUCAA